AUUUGCAGUGGUGCAUGGUCACAAGGCAAAAUCUGCCCUAGCAUCCUAAAGGAGAGUAGCAACAGAGAAGCCCAUUGGCCGAGAGAUCGCAGCAGCUGAAAUAGCUAUGUAAACACUUUCCCUCUCUCCGUGAGCCCCAGUAAUUAUAGCCAGGAUGCUGGUGACGACAGUUGUCCCAUCGAGACUUCAAAUGGGGGAAUACAUUUGACAUUAUGAUAUUUGAUACCGGCUCCAAUGGCGCGCCCACGUAAACAGUAAGGCGCGGUAUAAAGGCUGGGGACCCCAGCUGGAACAGAAAUUGUUUACCCUUUAGCUCAGCGAUCAGGACUUAACGCCGAGGCGUGACUAGAAUCAGGGCCCUUUAAAUCUAGUCCAAGGGGUUAUACGUAAUACAGAGGUGGAAACAAGCACCGGAGAGAGGAGACUUCACGUUUAGGCGCAGAGGGGAGUGCAUGUGUUGGAGAGUCCGGAGCGAAAAGCGCGCGGGAGGUAGAGCAGACUGAGGAUUUAUACUGGAGCAUUGAACACGCUUAUGUUGAGCAAGUGUUUCCUGGCCAUUGAUCCUUGAAAACCUAGGGUAACAUCUGACAGUAAAGUGAAACAGGAGAAAGGGGAAAUUGGCAUUUAAAGGGGCCUCUAGGUAUUGACCGGCCUGCGUCAUGGCAGCCAUUGAUCUGGAGCGUGGGCUGGAGCACAGUGGCAGGGGCUGGGGGCAGGAGAGGCCGGAAGUGAUGGACAACUUCGAUUCAGAGAUGCAAGAGUGGGAGGACCAGCUUCAAGACAUCCAGCAACAAAUCGAAGAGUUGUACAAUGGAGUCCAGGCUCGAAGAGGAGCAAACGAUAUCCCUACUGACAACCAGAAAAAUGGCAGCGAGUUGAAGUGCGGCCUGGGGCACCAUGGCAAUGGUCUCUUUGCGCCCGGACAACACAACAACAAUCACCCCGGAGCUAUAACUGUGCCACAUCACUAUAGUAACAGCCGUAACUAUAGCCCCAGUGGGUACAGCUACCCCAGUAGUCAUCAGAAUGGCUAUGGUUAUUGCAACGCCAACUCAGAGAUCGGAGACUUGUUGCAGGAUUAUUUGGAGCAAGGGAAGCAAAUAAGCCAGAAGAAUAACGGAGCUCGCCAUGUGCGCUUCAGCGAUACAAUCAAGGUGAGCCCGGUGACAGAGAUCAGAAAAAGUUCUGGAAAUGAAAGGCUUGGUCAAGAGCAGUUUGUGGGCAGUUUUGAGGAAACUGAAAACAGAAGGAACCAUGUGUCUCAUCUGAAGAGCUCCUCUCGUCGAGAGAGUUCCCCCAACAAAGAAAACACAGGCUCGAAACCUCCUCUUGGACAAAGAGAUGUCCCUGCUAGUCAACCACGCUCACAGCUCCCAACCACAAAAGCUGAAUCUCCGGCCCUGGAAAGGAAGUCCUACAGUCCUGGCGUCAUGGGAGACAGGAAGUGCGGCAGCCCUUCUGUCCUCAGGAAGUUUGGAGCCAUGCUUCAGGAAAACGAGGGCAAAACACUGACUGAAUCAGGGGUGGUGACCAAUCAGGGGCCGGCUCCGGAGCCAAAGUGCCCAACCCCCAGCUGUCAGCGCAGAGCUCAGGGAGCCACUGCAGUCGCCAGCAGGGCGCCUAUGCGCGUGCCUACCCAGAAAUGCCGAGCAGAUUCCGACGUGCUGACAGCAGAGAUAGAGCCCGGCCAAGAAUGGGGGCUCAUAUCAGACUCUGGUAGACAGAACCACAAGGAUCACAGAGGAGCCUACAAAGGGUCCCAGCGGGGUCCUCAGAUGUCCCCGAGGAGAUCACCGGUGACGGGAAGCCCAAAGCUUAGACCCAGGGCUAACAGUGGGGGAGACAGAGACGGAGGACUGGCUCAAGGGGAGAGAGGAAGGAAGCCUGCACCCCAACAUGCAGAGCCCAAAAUUGACUACCGGGCCUCAAGUGCUUCCUCUGGAGUUCAGAAGAUCCAGAAGGGUGGGUUAGCGGGACACGAGUUGGCAGGUUGUGGCAAAGUGAGGGAUGAAGGACUUAUUGAACUGCUGGACAUGUUGGAUAUCCAACACGAGUACAGCUCCAGUCCCAAAGCGAGAGAAACAGCUUACAGACAGGAUCCACAGCAGGUAAACCCAGACCAGUCGUCCGCUGACAAUCUUAGUAAAAGCUUCUCUCGUCCUGCACGGCCAGCCAACCAACGACCUCCUUCCAGGUGGGCCGGCCGCACCCCUACCGCCAUCAUCACCACUCCAUCAGGCCCAAUGUACCGUCCCCCAAGCCCCCUGGCUCGCACAUCUAGCCCCAUGACCAGAACCCCAAGUCCCGCGCUGAAGCGUCGGCCCCAUGUUUCCUAUUCUCUUCAGACUGAGACGGUCAUUAUGUGAUACCUGUCCAUUUCAGAUUAAGCUUGAUCCCUUCCUCCUCUCUCUGUGUAAAUAGUAAGGACUUUUUCUGUGAAACAAAGUGCUUUGAGAGUUAAAGAUACGCUUAAUUUCAUCUUGAUGCCAUGUUCAAGAAAAAAAAAACAUUCUCCAGGGUUGCUGUGGCUUUUUGCUUCUUCUGUGCUUAAACACAUUAACAGAUUGCUUAGUUGCAGCCCUCCCCUUAUCCUCUUUUUGUAUUAAAUUUCAGGUGUUUUCUGUAUAAUGAGAUUUUGCAUGCAGCCCUAGUUUAAGGGUGCAUGCUCAUGGGUUUAAUCCUCAUGGCGGCCAUGUUGAAUCAAAUUCAACCUGGACUCCAAUAGGAGUAGAUGAAGUUGCAACUGUGUUCCCAGCAGCAAUCUGCUUACUAUCAACAUCAGUGUGUUUUACUGUAUCAUAUUGUUAAAGUAAUAUAUUUAAGAUGUUCGAAUAACUGCUGUGACAAAUUGCUAUGAUAUGCCUUUAAUGUAUUUUUUUCCUUGGUAAUAAAUAUGACAGUGCUUUGA